CGCCGCGUCCUCCGACCCCCGGCCGCGCGCCGCGCGGGCAACUGAGGGCGGAAUGCGGGACUACGACGAGGUGACCGCCUUCCUGGGCGAGUGGGGCCCUUUCCAGCGCCUCAUCUUCUUCUUGCUCAGCGCCAGCAUCGUCCCCAACGGCUUCAACGGUCUGUCGUCCGUGUUCCUGUCGGCGACCCCGGAGCACCACUGUCGGGUGCCGGACACAGCGAACCUGAGCAGCGUGUGGCGCAACCACAGCCUCCCGCUGCAGCUGCAGGACGGCCGCGAGGUGCUUCACAGGUGCCGCCGCUACCGGCUCGCGACGAUCGUCAACUUCUCGGCGCUCGGGCUGGAGCCGGGGCGCGACGUGGACCUGGAGCAGCUGGAGCAAGAGGGCUGCCUGGAUGGCUGGGAGUUCAACCGGGACAUCUACCUGUCCACCAUCGUGACCGAGUGGAACCUGGUGUGUGAGGACGACUGGAAGGCCCCGCUCACGGUCUCCUUGUUUUUCGGGGGUGUGCUGGUGGGCUCCUUCAUUUCGGGGCAGCUCUCAGACAGGUUUGGUCGGAAGAAUGUGCUGUUUGUGACAAUGGGCAUGCAGACUGGCUUCAGCUUCCUGCAGAUCUUCUCGAAGAACUUUGAGAUGUUUGCCAUGCUGUUUUUCCUUGUAGGCGUGGGCCAGAUCUCCAACUACGUGGCAGCAUUUGUCCUGGGAACAGAAAUUCUUGGCAAGUCAGUUCGUAUUAUAUUCUCUACGUUAGGCGUGUGCAUAUUUUAUGCAUUUGGCUACAUGCUGCUGCCGCUAUUUGCUCACUUCAUCAGAGACUGGCGGAUGCUUCUGCUGGCGCUGACGGUGCCGGGGGUGCUGUGCUUCCCACUGUGGUGGUUCAUCCCUGAGUCCCCCCGAUGGCUCAUCUCUCAAGGCCGAUUUAAAGAGGCAGAGGUGAUCAUCCGCAGGGCUGCCAAAAUCAAUGGGAUCAUUGCACCCUCAACCAUCUUUGACUCAAGUGAGCUACAAGACCUAAGCUCCAAGAAACAGCAGUCUCACAGCAUUCUGGAUCUGCUCCGAACCCAGAAUAUCCGGAUGGUCACCAUCAUGUCCAUAAUUCUGUGGAUGACCAUAUCAGUGGGCUAUUUUGGGCUUUCCCUUGACACUCCUAACUUGCAUGGGAAUGUCUAUUUGAACUGCUUCCUCUCGGCUGUGGUUGAAGUCCCAGCAUAUGUGUUGGCCUGGCUGCUCCUGCAGCACCUGCCCCGACGCUAUUCCAUGGCCACCGCCCUCUUCCUGGGUGGCAGCGUUCUUCUCUUCGUGCAGCUGGUGCCCCCAGACUUGUAUUAUUUGGCUACCAUCCUGGUGAUGGUGGGUAAGUUUGGAGUCACUGCUGCCUUCUCCAUGGUCUACGUGUACACAGCCGAGCUGUACCCCACAGUGGUCAGGAACAUGGGCGUGGGAGUCAGUUCCACGGCAUCCCGCCUGGGCAGCAUCCUGUCUCCCUACUUCAUUUACCUUGGUGCAAGAUUCCAAUAUGGCAGCUCAGACUGGGCGAUGCUGAGGCUGAGAAGGCAGGUGAUCCCUGUUAGAGUCCUGGGGACACAAAGGGAGGGAGAGAGACCAUGUCAAACUGCACUCCCGGCUUGGGGCUCUGUCUGCUUUGCCACAGGUGCUUACGACCGCUUCCUGCCCUACAUUCUCAUGGGGAGUCUGACCAUCCUGACAGCCAUCCUCACCUUGUUCCUCCCAGAGAGCUUCGGCACCCCACUCCCAGACACCAUUGACCAGAUGCUAAGGGUCAAAGGAAUAAAAUACAGGCAAACUCCAAGCCACACAAGGAUGUUAAAAGAUGGUGAAGAAGGCCCCACAGUCCUUAAAAACACAGGCUUCUAACACAACCUCCAGUGAGAAGGUAAAGAGGAAAGACCGUCUUGUCAGAAGUGGCUUGUGCAGACACUGAGUCCUUCAGUGGCAAAGGUCUUUGCUGUUCAUUCUGCGGAUGCUGUGUCUGCCUUGCUCACGGAUGGAUACCCAGACUCAGCUGCAUAUGGUCCUAGAGCACCACCUUCCCUCCAGGGACACCAUGGCUACUGACGGACAACUUUGGGUAAAUCCUAACUAUUACAGUGAUGGACUUGGCACUUCCUAAGAAGUUAACUACUCAUUAGAACCAGUAGGAUUUGGAAGAAUAUGAAUUAAAACUUUACAUUUUAAUUUCAGACUGCCUGAGAAGGCCCCUGAUAGAACUGGGGGUCUAGUUCUCCACCUCCUCACCCUGCCAAAAAAUCCUUUCCCUGUUUCCCACUGAUGGUGCACUUUAGAGGAAAAGAAAUAAUUUCACAGGGAGUCUGAUUUCUCAUACUUUCUCAGUUACAAAGGAUAUUAAAUGGGAUUGUUGCUUCCCCAGGGCAGGAAAGCACAAGUCUGGGGAAACCUAGAGGUAUUUCAUAUGGAGAGGACUCAGCAGAUACAGAACAGAGACAAGUGCAUUAACUUAUGAGCUCUUGGACCACUCAGAGUGACUACUGGGUAGACUUGUUUACAUCUGGUCAAAGCACUGGUCUUGUGCAGGCCCAUAAGAGAUUCAUCACUGAAUCUACUAUUCUUGUUUUCCACUACUACGUGAAUCAAGUCUUCUAGCUACUAUGGUUUCUGAUGUAUGGUUUGAAGGAAGUAUAUCAAUGAGAAAGAGAGACGAGCGAACUUGUCUAUUCUCCCAAAACUAUAAUAUGGAUUUUGAUUGUGUUUUGCUUGUUGUUUGUUAUUAUGUCUUUUUUUCUCCUUAAGUUAUUUGCACUUCAGAAUAGACUUAGGAAAGGCUGGUUCCUUAGCCUCCUGGUUUGUGUCUUUUGUUUGUUUCAACCCAGAAUCACUCUGGCAAUGGUCCACAGUUGCCACUUAUGCAAGGCCUCACCAGCCUUAGCUACUAGCACUUUUCUGGGUGCCAAAAAUGACAUCAUUGUGUGUGUUUUCCUUUCAUGAAACUUAAUCAUGGAAAAAAAUUACAAAGAAGAAAAUUAAGUCGUGUUCACAGUCUUUCAGAGUUGCUCACUUCAGUGGUGUAACAUUGGGAGAUAUUUUGUGUUCAGCAUAAAAUUGUCUUCUCUUUUCUGAUUAUGCUACCGUGGUACUUCUAAAGCAUAUGCUUCACCUGGUUAAAAACAAAAAAGUAUUUUUGUGAAAGCUACUGAAGUGCCUUGGGAAAUGAAGAUGUUUUAAUAAAUUAAAUGA